UCUACCUUGUAUCUUAUCUAUUAAGACAUUUACCAACUUAUAAAGGCAAUUACGUCUCCCCGUUACAAUACUAACUGGAACCGUGUCCCACGUGAACUAAAGAAAACAGCAACAUGAAGUGCAUAAUCUUUACCCUUAUUGUGGGAACUGUGCUUUCACAAACGUACCAUCACCAUGACAUAGAAAUGUUUAUAGACAGAACAUUUAAAUACGUUGAUACCGAUCACGACGGUGUAAUGGUUAAGGCGGAACUCGCUGGAGCAUUUGACUUCUUAGAUGUUGAUCAUGACGACCAACUCUCCUAUGCUGAAUAUACAAAAUAUUCACAAUCUGCUGAAAGCCAACUUUCUCACGAUGUUUACAACCACUAUGAUACCAACAAGGACGGUUUUCUGCAAAGAUCCGAAUACGUUGAUUCGUUGUUCAGCCAAAUGGACCACAAUGGUGACGGUCAGGUGACCAGACACGAUUAUGAUCAUUUCUUUACAAAUGUGAUUCAUCAUGAGAUGCACCAUGGACAUAACGGUCGAUAAUUUUGUUCUUGCCACAGGUUUCUAAUAAAAGAAAAAUUCCUUAAAAA